CUUAGUCUGGCGGCUUGGGAAUGGGAAGGUUCUCCUGCUCCAAGCGGAGCGCGCCGAGGGGCCCGAGGAGGUGAAGAGGGAGGCCUGGAGGCCCCAGCCCAGGCCCGAUAGAACCGCGAAACCUCCGAGCCCGGAGAGGUGCGAACGCGGGCGCCGCCGCCCCUCCCUCGAUCCUUCCCCGUUUCUACUCCAUUUCAAGUCCCUGAUAUCUGAAUUACUGCAGCAGACUCCUUUGUGGUUGUACAGCUCUUCUACUUGGCAUACCUUGUAGUUUUUACUGUUUCUGGAAUUAUGGAAAACCAGUUGGCUAAGUCCACUGAAGAACGAACAUUUCAGUACCAGGAUUCUCUUCCUUCAUUGCCUGUUCCUUCACUUGAUGAGUCAUUAAAGAAAUACCUUGAUUCAGUUAAGCCAUUUGCAAAUGAAGAAGAAUAUAAACAAACAGAAGAAAUAGUUCGACAAUUUCAAAAUGGAAUUGGAGAAAAGUUGCAGCAGAAGUUACUUGAAAGAGCAAAAGGAAAACGAAAUUGGCUGGAGGAAUGGUGGCUGAAUGUUGCUUACCUGGAUGUCCGUAUACCAUCACAACUGAAUGUCAACUUUGGAGGCCCUGCAGCUCACAGUGAACAUUACUGGCCUCCCAAAGAAGGCACACAGUUAGAAAGAGGAUCUAUAACUCUUUGGCAUAAUUUGAACUUCUGGCAGCUACUAAAAGCGGAAAAACUGGCUGUUCAUAAAAUUGGAAAUAUACCUUUAGACAUGAAUCAAUUCAGAAUGCUGUUUUCUACUUGCAAGGUACCAGGAAUUACUAGAGAUUCAAUCAUCAAUUACUUUAAAACUGAGAGUGAAGGACACACCCCAAGUCACAUAGCAGUGCUGUGUCGAGGUCGAGUUUUUGUCUUUGAUGUCAUGCAUGAAGGUUGUAUGAUGACCCCGCCAGAGCUGCUCAGGCAACUUGCAUAUAUCCAGAACAAAUGCCACCGUGAACCUGACGGACCUGGGGUAGCAGCACUGACCAGUGAAGAGCGAACCCGGUGGGCUGAGGCAAGAGAAUAUCUGAUUGGUCUUGAUCCAAAGAAUUUGACUCUGUUGGAAAAAAUUCAGAGCAGUUUGAUGGUAUAUUCCUUAGAUGAUGCUAGUCCACAGGUAACACCUGAAGAUUAUUCAGAGGUAACUACAGUGGUGCUUACUGGCGAUCCAACAGUACGCUGGGGUGACAAAUCCUAUAACUUAAUUUCCUUUUCCAAUGGACUGUUUGGCUGCAAUUGUGAUCAUGCGCCUUAUGAUGCUAUGAUCAUGAUCGAAAUCUGUCAUUAUGUUGAUCAGAAGAUCUUUGAAAAUGAGGGGAGAUGGAAGGGUUCUGAAAAAGUGAGAGACGUCCCACCUGCAGAGGAACUUGUUUUCACUGUGGACCACAAAGUAUUAGAGGACGUUGACCGGGCUAAAGCGCAAUACCUCAAGCAGGGAUCAGACUUGAAGAUUGUGUCUUAUGCCUUUAAGGCCUUUGGCAAGAUGCAAACCAAGAAGAAGAAGCUUCACCCUGAUGCCUUUAUUCAGCUUGCCCUUCAGCUGGCCUACUACAGACUUCAUGGAUGCCCAGGGAGCUGUUAUGAAACUGCCACGACAAGGGCUUAUUACCAUGGUCGCACAGAGACUGUGAGAUCGUGUACUUUGGAAGCAGUUGAAUGGUGUCAGGCCAUGGAAGAUCCUUCUGCCAGUGUUCAGAAACGACAGCAAAAAAUGUUACAGGCUUUUGCAAAGCACAGUAAAAUGAUGAAGGAAUGUUCAUCUGGGAAAGGAUUUGAUCGUCACCUUUUAGGUCUCUUUCUCAUAGCCAAAGAGGAGGGGCUGCCCAUUCCAGAACUCUAUACAGACCCUCUUUUCUACAAAAGUGGAGGGGGUGGCAAUUUUGUCCUGUCGACCAGUCUUCUUGGUUACACACGAGUCCAUGGAGUGGUGGUUCCCAUGAUUUACCGUGGCUAUGGCUUUUUCUACCACAUCAGAGAUGACAGGUUCGUCGUGGGCUGUACAGCUUGGAAAUCAUGUGCAGAGACUGAUGCAGAAAAGCUGGUCAGGACGGUAUUCCAGUGUUUCCAUGAUAUGAUGCAUUUGACGAAUGUUUCCCAGCUUUAGAGAAUGAUUCUGAAUUAAGUCCAUACCAAAAAGAUGUUGUUACAAGGUGUGCUGGGCAUGAAUUCGGGCUGUGUAGAGGAAUCUGAUUUGAUAGAAAGUAGUUAAAUGUUGUAGUAAUUAAGAAGAAUCUGUCAAUAUUAUACUCCCUGUAGCACUUAUUGCCAUGUAUACUUAGAAAUACAGCACUGCCUCUAAGCCAAAUACAAUGCUUGUAGCAAUAAAAUAGUAUAGUAUUAUGCACUGCGUAACAUGUGCCCCAACAAUGCAAAUCCACCCAUUUUCAUAGUGCAAGUCUUACUCUAGCUUUUAUAAGAGAUUUGUGUUGGCAUCUGUAUAAAAACACUGACGUCUUCCAGGGCCCGUGUCUGAUUUACACAUUGCAUCCUCCAUGUGCUGGAUCUCUUUCUAGCUGCCAAAGGGUAUGAUGGAUGUGUUCAGAGGCCCAGCCACCUAAAAUUCAUGCCUUACACUUCCACUGCAGAGGGAGGCCAGGCACAGAUUCACUGUGUGCGAAGGAAGAGACCACUAGAAUCUAAUCACCAUCUUAGAAAAAAUUAGACUGUGGAGAACAACGAAAACAGUUGUAGCCAAAUCAUUAAUGCUAACAAAAUAUCUUAUCAUGUAUUGUUGCUGAAUAUAAGUACAAAACAUGAUACAAAGUUAGUUUUCAAAAAUUUGUGAAGGGCUAAAUGGCAAAUUCUCAGGAUCUUCUACUUUAUUUGCUUUUUGAUCAUUUUUUUCUCUGUACAACUUUGUGGUUUGCACUCAGAAAAUAAAAUUUAU